AGUUGUGGCUCUAGAUAAAUUCAAAUACCAGCUAAUUAUAUAAAUAUCCUCAACGGAAGCGCGAGCUUCAGGAGUCUUGAUCUGAAAAGUUUUCUUUUCUUAUUCAUCUUCACAAGGAUAAUGGCGAAGAGUUACUUCAAACAAGAGCAUGAUCUGGAGAAGAGGCGAGCAGAGGCUGCUAGAAUUAGGGAGAAAUACCCAGAUAGAAUUCCGGUGAUUGUGGAGAAAGCUGAGAGAAGUGACAUACUGAACAUUGACAAAAAGAAGUACCUUGUACCAGCUGACCUGACUGUUGGACAAUUUGUGUAUGUUAUCCGCAAAAGGAUCAAACUAAGUGCAGAAAAGGCAAUUUUUAUAUUUGUGGACAAUGUCCUCCCUCCUACAGGUGCAAUCAUGUCCGCCAUAUAUGAGGAGAAGAAAGAUGAAGAUGGUUUUCUCUAUGUUACUUACAGUGGUGAGAACACGUUUGGUUAUGAGAGUUCACAGUAGCUCUUGACAUUGGGGCAUAACCUAGCCCUGUUCGUUUCAAUUAAUUUGUAGUAUAUGAUUUGGAUUGUGAACGGUCUAGCCAUGCACCUUUUCCUUUUCUUUGUUCUCAGUAUAUAUAACAUCAAUACUCAUGGCUUCUCUCUAAAA